AUGGUACCGUUUAAACGAGCCUUAGACAUCUUUGUCCGUCGCGUUCGACAGUUAGAGCCCUUGUUUCAACAACAUGGUUUAGAUCUCCCGCCUGUUCAUGACGAAGAUCGCGCUAUCUACGAAAAGAUGAUCCAUGGCUAUGAGGCGAAUAGCAUUCCGCCAUCCGGCACCGUCCAGGGCUCGACUGGUCGCGAUCAAGAUAUAAUUGUUGGAGUAGACGGAACUUACCCUCUACAUCAACCUGAAUCACUCAGUCUGGCUGUCGAGAUGCCGCUGGAACUCGACGACAUUCCCACUGAAACUACCUCAGUAUUCCCAGCCAACUCAAGGACGCAGGCUUUCCCGGCGACAGAAACGACCAUGGCCGCUCCAGAAACUGAGCAAGAAGCCCGUGCCACUGACUUUGGCUUAGAUUGGAUCGAUUGGGUGGAUUGUCAACUGGGGAUUGACCCAACAAGUUCCAGCAGUCUGGCGGAUAUUACAUCACUAGAUGUGUCUCAUAGCAGCACCAGCAUCACCACCGGUGCUGCUUACGACAACAAUACUCUAGGCAAUAACGAAGCUUCUGAAGAUGAGAAAGAACUAGUCUUUCAGCUCUCCGACCGGAUGGGUCAUCUGCAUUUGAUGGAGAAUGGACAGUCACGUUUCUUCGGCGCAACUUCGAAUUUCGGCCUCACAAAAUGGAAAACCACCUCAGACUUCGGGUCGUUCCCGUCCGCCCAGAGUCCGGGCUCGUCAGUACGUUGUGCUACUAGUGAAAACGCCGAUUCUGCCCUUGAGUCCUUGCUCGAGGCUCUUUACUUUUCAUGGGCAGACCCGGCCUUUCAUGUAGUUGAUCGGGAAAUGUACUCUCAUGGGAAAUCACUGUGGCAGAAAGGUCAAGAGAGCUCACCAUUCUACUCACCUCUUUUGCAACAUGCCAUAUGCGCUUAUGGUUGCUUACUCCACGAUCCUAGGCGCAAAUUCGAGAGUCUUGCCAGAGAAUAUAUAGGGAAGUUAAAGGAGCUCCUGGAAAUCGAAUUAGACUGCCCUAAAGUCGCGACAGUCCAGGCGCUGGUGAUCCUAAGUACUUUUGAGGCUGCCUCAGCGCGGGAGGCACGCGGAUGGCUGUAUAGCGGGAUGGCCAUGAGGGUUUCUUUUGACUUAGGCCUUCAUAUCGACCUGGGGCCCUACAUCUCCAAUGGGGAGAUGUCUAAUGCUGAAGCCAAUGCGAGGAGCAUCGCAUUCUGGGGAUGUUAUAUAGUAGAUCAUCUUUGGGGUUUCUACCUUGGGCGACCAUUCCAAACCAACACCGGCAACAUCACCAUCCAAAAACCAUUCAUGGACAACUCGCACGCGACGCCACAAUGGAAUCCAGUGGGCCUAGAGAGGCCUUCUUCAACUCGUGAUACUUUGACAAACACCAGCGAUCAGGUGGACUUGAUAGCCCGGCAGUGGGUGUUUUUAUGUGAAUCUAUGGACGCCCUUGGCAAUAUCAUGUAUGGCUCCAAGUCCGCUUCAGCUGAAGAUCUUCUUUCGGUCGCAAACAGAACGGUUGUUGAGCUUCGUGAAUGGAAGUCUGCUCUGUCAAUGGAGUUACAAAUUGAUGCUGAAGACAUGUCACAAUGCCCAUUGCCACAUCUGAUAUUACUCCAGUAA